AUGCCAUCAGUGCUGAGCAGUCCAGCGAAGAAGCGCUUGCGGAGGCUGCAGCUGUUGACGCACGUGGUGUGGCCCUCUUGCGAGAUGGGGACUCAGCGACAUGAGGAUGGUAGCAUCAGCAUCGAAUCGUUGGAUCGGAACUCCAAGCUGUUGCUGGCACCGUAUGGGCGGAGCUACGUGGUGGAAUGGUGGCAACCAGUCCCUUCAACUGACCGUGAGAGUCGCAUGGAGAAUGCACCCGGCUGUCAGAUGGCGACGGAGAGCUUUGGUACUGGGGUGGGUUAUGAACACAUCUAUCAGGUGCAGUGCUUCUAUGUUGAGCACGUGGAGAUUCCAUGGCUUUACCCUCUAUUCCUGGCCCUCAUGCAGCAUGUGGCCCCUUCAGCUGAUGCGGCAUAUGCGCAUUCUUCCAGUACGCGGCGUUUGGUGGGUCUAAAGGCGAGGUUGGAGGAUUGCCUGGCGACCGGUCAACUGGUGGACAGUGGCAAGGGCGUCACGGCGCCCCUCCCUUCAAACGGCAACGGGUUGGAUACAGUUGGCAACGCUUGCGACCAUGUGUCACCAGCAGUGUGCAUGGGCGAGGUGAGUGAAGGACCUGUCCGUGUGCUGUGGACUCCGACCGCAACCCUAUGGCUGCAUCCAGAUCAAGGAGAAGCGACAAUUGACGUGUCGCGCGGAACUCCUACGCAGCCUGCGCAGUGUUUGCUGAUGGAGUCUUCACUCAAGGGCCGCUUCUGGAAACGUUUGGGACCUGGUGGACCUGGUGGACCUGGUGGCGAGGUAAUCCUCAGCGAGAUGAAGAGCGUUUCGACGGGACCGGAAUCACAGCGUGUACUUGAACUGAUUGAUGAAGCGGCGCAGUGGUUACGCCACAACGCCUUGGCGGACACCAGAUCCACUGGAUGCAGCGACACCGGAUCCACCGGGUUUCCAAGCGCCGGGCCAUCCUGGGUGCCGGAACUGGAGAUCAGUGAAGGCAAAGUGCAUCUUACCAUCUUCACUUCUGGCACUGGUGAUAGACAUCGGUGUGCCAGCUAUGUGGGCCCACGUUUGCUGCGACUCCUUUUUGCAGAUGGCGCGAGGUUGUCCUUCACGAUCCCCUCCUGCUUGCCCAGCUUGCCAUCCUCCUUGCCCUUGGUUGGACACUUCCGGCUGAUCCUGGCAAGUGGAGAGGUCUUGCAUCGCAGCUUCACCGAGCCCUGGGGCGCGGAGUUUCAUGUGGCCACCCUUCGUGCCCUGCUGCGAAGCCGCCAGGAAGCCACAGAUGCCAUGGAGCCCAUGGAAGCAGUUGCGCAGAGCGCCUUGCGCCGUAGUCAUUUAGCCUACAAGUCCAUCGGAAGGCUGGUGGCUACCAGUGGCUAG